GCGGCGCAUGGCCGGACGCGCAUUCCCAGAAGUGCACAGCGCCGGUAGCCGGCAGCACUUGUAUUACGUCAUGCGCGAGUAUCCCGGACAAACCCUCGCCACCCUGUUCCAGCUUCAGGGGCCCCUGCCUCUGGCCCAAUGGCAGUCCGUCGCCGAGCGCUUGCUGCGGGCCGUGGGCCUGCUGCACCGGCGGCAAAUCCUGCACCGCGAUAUCAAACCGGAAAACCUGUUGUUGGGGGACGACGGCGAGUUGCGCGUGCUGGAUUUCGGCCUGGCUUACUGCCCCGGCCUGUCGGAAGAUCGAGCCCACCAACUGCCGGGCACUCCAAGUUUUAUCGCGCCCGAAGCCUUCAAUGGCGAAGGGCCUACCGCCCAGCAAGAUUUAUACAGCGUUGGCGUCACCUUGUAUUUCCUGCUGACCGGGCAUUACCCCUACGGCGAAAUCGAAGCCUUCCAACGGCCCAGAUUCACCCAGCCUUAAUUACUGAGCGGUAGCUUCAACC